AAAAAAAAAAUUGUAUGUAUACAACAGCAUGCAUCGUCCGGUUUUCUCGUGUCUCUGCGCGGCCACGCUGAAUCCGCGGUCACGAUGUCUCGGCUGCACGCUGCACGGAACCAGCUGCAAACAGUGGAAAAACCAAGUGCUGCAGUGAACGAAGCCGGCGGAGACGAGGAGCGCCCUAACCGCUCGUUAUUCUUCACACAAGGACCUGCUUGUUGAAUCCACUCCAGUGUGGCAACUGAAGUGAAAGUCUAUUCUGUGUCUUGCAGAGGAAUCAGCAAAAUCAUUUUGAGGAUAAUGGCAUCUUUUGGGCUUGAUCUCAGGUGAUUCUUCGAAACAUUACUUGAAGCAGCAAGAGUGAGAGGAGACAAAAACAACGUGGAAGGAAUAGAUGUACACUACCCACUGAAGACUUCCAGGAGACAACUGAUGGUGGAACUAUUAUCUCGGGGACAUGCUCUCAUUUUGGGGAUGGAGCAAGGGAAAUCUGUCUUUGAUCAGCGGAGUACCAGGAGGUGGAGAGAAAACAUGUAAGGUUUUUUUAAAUUAUUUUAUUUUAAUGAGAAACAAUUAGGUGUGCAUUUAAAGGCACCUUCUGAGACACACUGCAAGAAAAGGAAAUCCUGCAAUGGCUUUUGAAUAUGAAGACUGACACAAAGAGCAGAUCCAUUCAUGGUCUACAGAUGAACUGGUACUCCAUCACAUGCACUGUUCAGGGUACAUUUCCAGAGUGUACCUACCUAGUGGAUUCCUUGCUUUUCCACCACCACUGACCCUAAAAAUGGACACAAUUGCUUCUAAUGUUGAGAGGCUUUAAAAUCAACCUCUGCAUUUUUCCAAGGCUAUCUAAUGGUUUUUUGGGUGAUGAUAAAGUCAUCAGUCUGAACCCCUGUGGAGAAAUGCCGGACUCUAAGAUGCAAGCACCUGUUGGAAGAGGAUGUAUGAAAGACUGGUUUUCAAAAACUACACCAGUCUACCGCAGAGAGCCAGAUCCUGUCUGUUUUUCUCUCCUCCUCAUCUCUAUCUUCCUACUACUAUUCUCGCUGGUUACACCCACUCUCUCCAUUCAUAUGGAGGCCAUCGAGAGCCACAGUGAGUUUACUUGUGAGCCCAUCAGACUGAGAAUGUGCCAGGAUCUGCCUUACAACACCACCUUUAUGCCCAACCUACUGAAUCACUACGACCAGCAGACAGCCGCAUUAGCCAUGGAGCCUUUUCACCCCAUGGUAAACCUAGUGUGCAGUGCUGACCUGAGGAUGUUCCUGUGUGCCCUGUACGCCCCUGUGUGCACUGUGUAUGGCCGGGUGUCCAUGCCGUGUCGAUCCCUCUGCCAGCGGGCCAAAGACGAGUGCCACAAACUCAUGGAGAUAUUUGGAGUAGUCUGGCCAGAUGACAUGGAUUGUAGCAGGUUUCCAGAUUGUGAUGAGCAUUACCCUCGUCCACAGGACCUGCUAACAGGCUCUGACCCCACUGACCAGUCAUCCAUGACUGUCCAGAGAGACUAUGGUUUCUGGUGUCCCAGAGAGCUCAAGGUUGACCCAGACCUGGGUUACACUUUCAUGGGCAGGAAGGACUGUUCUGCCCCAUGCCCCUCAAUGUUCUUCAACCAACAGGAGCUGACGUUCACCCGAUACUUUAUAGGAGUCGUCUCCAUUGUCUGUCUGUCCGCAACACUCUUCACCUUCCUGACGUUUCUCAUUGAUGUUACCAGGUUUCGAUACCCUGAGCGUCCAAUAAUCUUCUACGCUGUGUGUUAUGUCAUGGUGUCGCUGGUGUUUUUCCUUGGUUUCCUGUUGGAAGACAGGGUAGCGUGCAAUGCAGUCAGCCCUUCUCAGUUCAGAGCUUCAACCAUAACACAAGGCUCACACAACAAGGUAUGCACCCUGUUCUUCAUGGUCCUGUAUUUCUUCACCAUGGCCGGCAGCGUGUGGUGGGUCAUACUGACAAUCACUUGGUUCCUGGCUGCUGUGCCUAAAUGGGGCAGUGAGGCCAUAGAGAAGAAAGCCCUCCUCUUCCAUGCUGUUGCCUGGGGGCUCCCAGGGGCCCUGACUGUCACCCUGUUGGCCCUGAACAAAAUUGAGGGAGAUGGGAUCAGUGGAGUGUGUUUCAUAGGGCUCUAUGACAUAGACGCCCUGAGGUGGUUUGUUCUGGCACCACUCUGCCUCAAUGUGGCGGUGGGUGUCUCUCUUCUGUUAGUGGGCAUUGUGGCUCUGAAUCGGGUGCGCAUGGAAAUCCCUCUGGAGAAAGAAAAUCAGACCAAACUAGUCAAGUUUAUGAUCCGAAUGGGAGUGUUCUCGGUGCUCUAUCUUGUCCCCUUGUUGACUGUGAUUGGGUGCUACCUGUACGAACACACCUACCGUAACAUUUGGGAGACAACGUGGAUGGAGGAGAACUGCAGGCGCUAUCACAUCCCCUGCCCAUACAAGGUGGAGAAAACCAGUCGGCCAAUCAUGGUUUUGUUCCUAAUUAAAUAUCUGAUGAUGCUGGUGGUGGGGAUUCCCUCUGUUUUCUGGGUGGGCAGUAAGAAGACCUGUUUUGAAUGGGCCAGCUUCCUGCAUGGACGCAGACGCAAAGACAGUGGAGUGAACGAGUCUCGCCAGGUGCUGCAGGAGCAGCCAGACUUUGCCCAGUCUCUACUGCGUGAACCCAACACGCCCAUUAUUAGGAAGUCCAGAGGAACAUCCACUCAGGGCACCUCCACCCACGCCUCCUCCACCCACUUGGCUGUCCUAGACGACCUUGAUGAACCAGCCAGAACUCAUCAUGGCCAUCCCACCUCCACCAGGAGUAAAGCAAGCAGCGUCCACAGCAAGGCCAGCUACCACGGCAGCCUGCGCCGCAAUCGAGACGACAGGAGCGAUACUAUGGUUUACCGAGGUACCGAGGAGCGCAGUUUCCAUGGCAGCAUGCCACGUCUUGACCACCCGCUCUCCACUCACAGCAGCCUCCAUCAGAUAGAUGGCCACUCGAGGCACAGCAGCCAGCAAGACAUAUCUGAGGCCCCACCUACUCUCAUCACCCACGGAACCACAGAAAGUGACAGCCGAGUUCCUGAGAAUGACGGCACAAGCGCCUGAGAGAAGUCUCAAUUUUUACAGGAAACUAUUGUCAGUAAGCUGUAAAUGCCUUUUAAAGGAGGGUUUGCUGCCUGCAGAUGCACACUUGCCUGUUUAGUGUGGUAAUGUAUGAAGAUGGAGAAUGUACCAGUGAGUGCUUCAGUGGUGACAGUUGGUGUUACUCACUGGUCAGUUGUUAGCUGUGUGGUUACUGACUAACACAGUUCAGUCAGUGAACAUAAUCAAUAUUUUGUAGAUUCAGUUAGGUUUCACUGUAAGCCGGACAGGUAUGUUACCAUAUUUGAAUUUACAAAGUUUUGGUAAACUAGACUAAAACUGACAAUUCAGAAAGGGAGGUUGAUGUAUCUCAUGGACAAGAAAAGUUACAGUUUCCUGCAGGUGUAAUGUGGAUGAUUUAUCAGAUCCUGGAUCUGGAGGUUGGACACCAGUUUUGAAAGCGUCAUGACCUGUCUGACGGUGGCAUUACUUCCAAAUAAUGAUCCUGCAUCAUCUUGCAGAAGCUACGUGAAUAUUAUUAAAUGUGUGAACAGUGCUAAGUACUGCUUUUAUAACAAUCUUAAAUGGUUUGUCCUCUCCCUUGGUAAUGUGUCACAUGAAACUUUGACUUAUUUCAGUCUGAACUAAUUAUUCCCAAUCCUCGUUUGUCUUAGACUGCAGCUCUUAAUGAAUGAUGUUUAUCUUUGUGUGGCUUUAGGGACUGACAAAUAUGGGCCUAAUGUGACAAUGUGGACCUCUCUGUACUUUAGUGAAAUAUUUUCAUACUGUGAAAAUCAUUUGUUGACUGCUGAAAGCUUCACUCUGUGUGUGUGUGUGUGUGUGUGUGUGUGUGUGUGUGUGUGUGUGUGUGUGUGUGUGUGUGUGUGUGUGUGUGUGUGUGUGUGUGUGUGUGUGUGAGCGAGAGUGUGGGUGUGAGUAAGAAAUAGAGACAUGAGUAGUCAUGUAUGUUUUAAACUUCAGUUCACACCUCCAGUAAAUAGAGAAAACAUAAUGGAGGGAACUGAACCCAGAAUGUUAAAGGGUUGUUUCAGAGUCAGAAAGAGGGUGAUAUAAUAUGGAUGUGGUUGUGUGGAAUAAUGCAGGGGGUCAUUCCAGCUCAGCCAGUAACAAUUUUAGUGUUGACCCUUCUGCAAAGAGGCAUUAGCUUGGCAAAGAAAGACAAGGUAGCUUUGGAAACAACAAAGAAAAUAGUUUACUCAAGCAUUGCUUGUUCAGUUAGAUGACAACCAACCGGUCUCUGUAAUAAUAUCCUAAGAAUAAGCAGAAUAAGAGUCACGUCAAAGUCUAAAAGUUGCCUGAAAUGGCUUCACAAUUGUACAACACACAACACUCUCUGUCUAUCCUCAGAAUAAGAGUGCUGUUAAAAGUUGGCUGACAACCAGAGUAUUAUAACUGAAAAUUCAGGUAUACGCCCAUCAUUGCAUUCAAGUUUAUGGCUGCAUAGACUGCAGUGUAAUUAAAAAGUGGAAACAGAUAACACUUUUAUUUGGAAAUCUGUAACAUCCACAUGGCUGAAAGGUUGUUUUUUUGGAGUAAGUGCUUUUUUUCUAAUGUCAUUUUCACCAGUGUACUUGAUAUGUACCCAAACUGCUACUCUACAUGCUCUGCGAUCACGUGUGCUUAUGUUGUACAGACUCAGAACUCCAACUUUUCCAAAGCCGUACAGACCAUUGGCAGUUAAACUAGAGAAAAAAGAAGCAUUCACAUGCUUUAAAUGUUUUGACAUUUAUUUUACACCACAGAAAAUGUUACAGGAAGUGUAUAUUGUCUAUAUUCUAUCGUAUGUGUUUUGUUCCCCAACCCCUCAAGAUCCAGUUAACCUACCUCACCUCUACCUUCAGCCUUCUCUGUACCUGCACACGAACAGACACACAAACACACACACACACACAAUCCGGGUGCUUUUUGAAAAUACACAACACAUAAAAUCAGUUCAGUAGAAAUGGUGCUUAUUUCUGAAGAAUCUGAACUACUGUAACAUUUAACACAAAUCAAACCAACUAACCGACUCGUGGGUUCUGCCUUGAUCAUGAUCACACAUACACACACCUCAGUAGGAUAUCUGUAGCUAGCUGUCUGUCCGUCCCACAGUUGGCUUUGUGUUUCUCCAUUCUACCUCCUCAGUUCAAAUGUACCUAGCUGACUCUCUGGCCUUUCACUGCUGCCUCCCUGCUCCUGUCUGUUCGGUUGUGUUUGUCUCUCUGCACCUGUUUUAAGUUUCUUAUGACCAACUGCCUACUCUCAACUUGUUUGCCUGUGUAUCUGUUGUACAUAGAUUUUCUGUCCUAUGUGAUGACUAAUCUGCCUCACAUCUGCCUUCUGCCUCUCCUCCUGUAAAUGUGCCCACACUUAUCUUUUUUUGGACCUACAGCAACUGUCUGUACUGUUGGAAGUCGUGACUGCUUACAAACAUUAACCAUUGUGCUUUUACCUCUGAAUUGUUGGACAUUACAAUGAGAGGUGCUGUGGUAAAUACUUCAUCUUUAAACUCAACACAAUGAUUGAGGAUAUCUCCCCUCCUCUCAUGUGUAAUAUCUCAUCCUUCUUAUCAGCCCCCCACAACCAGAAGAGGAACAAGAGCCUUCUUGAUUUCUGAUGUAAUGCUGUCAUUAGUCAUACUGUGCUUCAACUUGAACCGCAGCAGCUUGAAAAUAUGACACAUUAUCAGUGAUGGUUCAAAAACAUAAUACUGGGAAUUCUGAAACUUGAGUUGUUUUUGCCUUUUAAUUUAUUUGCCGUUUGGGACUGUAAUUACUUUUACAUGCAGUGUAAUAAACGUUUUAUAGACUUCA